GUGCUGAAAUGACAAAAAUCCUGGGUAGUAAUUGCAAUCAGAAGUCAGGAGCUGCAGCACCGAACACAUUCUCGAAUGCAGAGUCAAACCACAAGGUAAGAAAAACAUUUUACACUGAGAUCCAGUAUAUUCAUUUGUACAGAGAGAAAGGAAAAGAGAGAAAAACAUCAAUUGGUUGCCUCCUGUACAAGUCCCAACCAAGAACUGAACCUGCAACCUAGAGAAGGAUUGUGCGCUGGUUACAUUCAUGACUUGAAGACUCGUCCUGAAAAACAGAAAAUGCACUCUAAAAGCCUCGUCGGCAGCAGCAGGGCCGCGUGUCCUGCUCACGAAGUGCACUAACCACAGCAUCUCCAGGUUCGGCUUGAGGUGGCGGCACCCUGCCCGCCCGUCUUUCAAUUCACCUCAACCUCCACUGGCAACACCCUUGUUUUUCCAGUUCGGAACUUGCUAAAGUUUUUUUAAAAAAAGGUGUCUACUGACCUGAAGUCUUAAUAGAAGCACUUGAUGUGGGCGUACCCUACAGAAAUCCUCAAGACUUUACUUGUGAAAACCCAGCAAAUUCUCUGUCAUAAAGAGCUUUAACAACUCAGCUAAGACAUAAAAAAGGAAAAUACCAGCUGCUACUCUGCAGGUUGCUUACUGGAUACAUUCAAAUCCUUCAGAAUCAACAGAGUAACCAGGUGCUGAAGGAGAAACACGGCCAUGGACAACAACGUCACCUUCGUGGCUGGGAACGGCAGCCUGUGCGCCCGAGAUUACAAGAUCACCCAGGUCCUCUUCCCGCUCCUCUACACUGUCCUGUUUUUCGUGGGACUCUUCACAAAUAGCCUGGCAAUGAGGAUUUUCUUUCAAAUCCGCAGCAAAUCCAACUUCAUUAUUUUUCUUAAGAACACAGUCAUUUCCGAUCUCCUCAUGAUUCUGACUUUUCCCUUCAAAAUCCUCAGCGAUGCCAAACUGGGAACAGGACCUCUGAGAACUUUUGUGUGCCAGGUGACCUCUGUCGUAUUUUACUUCACAAUGUACAUCAGUAUUUCAUUCCUGGGCCUGAUAACUAUUGAUCGCUACCAGAAGACCACCAGGCCAUUCAAAACAUCCAGCCCCAAAAAUCUCUUGGGGGCUAAGCUUCUCUCUGUUGUCAUCUGGGCAUUCAUGUUCUUACUCUCUUUGCCUAACAUGAUUCUAACCAACAAAAGGCCAAGAGACCAGAAUGUGAAGAAAUGUUCUUUCUUCAAAUCAGAGUUUGGUUUGGUCUGGCAUGAAAUAGUCAAUUAUAUCUGUCAAGUUAUUUUCUGGAUUAAUUUUUUAAUUGUUAUUGUAUGUUAUACACUCAUUACAAAAGAACUAUACAGGUCAUAUGUAAGAACAAGGGGCGUAGGCAAAGUCCCCAAGAAAAAGGUGAACAUCAAAGUUUUCAUUAUCAUUGCUGUAUUUUUUAUUUGUUUUGUUCCCUUCCACUUUGCUCGGAUUCCCUACACCCUCAGCCAAACCCGGGAUGUCUUUGACUGCUCUGCUGAGAACACCCUGUUCUACGUGAAAGAGAGCACUCUCUGGUUAACUUCUUUAAAUGCGUGCCUAGAUCCGUUCAUCUAUUUUUUCCUCUGCAAGUCCUUCAAAAAUUCCCUGAUGAGUAUGCUGAAAUGCCCCAAUUCUGCAGUAUCUGCUCCACAUGAAAACAGGAGAAAAGGACAAGAUGGCAGGGACCCAAGUGAAGAGACUCCAGUGUAAACCAGUGGAGGUAACAGUUCAAUCUAGUGGUGUUUGGAGCUCCUACCAGGAGAACACUACGUAAAAAUAUUAAUGCUGACUGGGUAGUAGCUGAGUUAAUAACAACAACUCUUAAAAUAAUGGAAGACUACAAAAGUAAUCUUAGUUUACUUUCCCAGUAUUAAAAGCUAUCUUAAAAUGUAGAAAAAGAAAUUGACAUGUAGCAAUGGAGCAAAACGAACUAUAUCCAAUCACCAUGUGACAUGCGAAAACUACACAGAAUCCAUGAAAUAAAAGAGUUUUGGCAAAAUAGGUAACAAUAUAAUAAUACCUACUAUAAUUCUUUAAAUACAUUAUUGAUCACAAUGUUAUAAUCAACUCACUAUAGAUACUCAACUGAAGAAUAAUAAAUCUGAUAAAUCUUUAACCAAAAAUUAUACUUAAGAUGUAUAUACAAUCCUAGUCCCUAACCAAAUGCUGACCCAUUGUGAUAAUCAUUAUAAAAAUUUAAGUGGGGCACACAAAGAAUAGUAACUACUAACUUUUACUUAUUAGCAAAGACCUAAGGGAUUUAUAUUAAUUGAAAUGGUAAUAGAGUGGACUGAUUUUUUAAAUAUUCAUUAAGAUACAGGUUUAAAAACUACCUUUUCAAUAAAAAGUGUAGAAUAACAAACAAAGCUAUUAAAAUAAGGAGAAUUCUAAUAAAAAAAUACUUCCUUAACACUAGAGAACACAGUUUUACUAAUAUUUUGACAACUCUAGUAAUAUAAUGCCAUCACUGACUUACCUUUAUUAACUUGGCUCUACAAACUACAUGCAACUCAGGUUAAUAUAUAUUUCCCGUAGUGAGAAAAAUAAAUGUAAUUAUGCAUUUGCAUAGAAUAUCUAUCAACAGGAAAGUGAUUAAAAUGUUUGGAUUCGUCCAUUUGUUAUUUGUGUGUAAA